AUGGUUCAGUCUCCGAUGCUGUCAUGUCCGCUGAAGCAGACCAACGAGAUCGAUUGGAUACAGCCCCUCAAGGACUACAUCCGUCAGACCUACGGCGAGGACCCGGAGCGCUACGCUCAAGAAUGCGCGACCCUACAUCGACUGCGCCAGGAUAUGAGGGGAGCGGGCAAGGAUAGUGCUACCGGUCGCGAUCUGUUAUACCGCUACUACGGCCAGCUGGAACUGCUGGACCUCCGGUUCCCCGUCGAUGAGAAUCACAUCAAGAUCUCCUUUACCUGGUACGAUGCCUUCACCCACAAACCCACGUCCCAGUAUUCGCUCGCCUACGAGAAGGCAUCCAUCAUCUUCAACAUCUCCGCUGUCUUGUCUUGCCAUGCCGCCAAUCAAAACCGGGCCGAGGAGGCCGGCCUCAAAACCUCCUACCACUCCUUCCAAGCCUCCGCGGGUAUGUUUACCUAUAUCAACGAGAACUUCCUACAUGCGCCGUCGAAUGACCUGAACCGGGAGACGGUCAAGACGCUUAUCCACGUCACCCUGGCCCAAGCCCAGGAGGUUUUUAUGGAGAAGCAAAUAGCGGACUCGAAGAAACCGGGAUUUUUGGCGAAAUUGGCCUCCCAGUCAGCGUAUCUUUACUCCCAAGCGGUGGAAACAAUGCAGGACUUUGUGAGCAAAAACGUAUUCGACAAGGUGUGGUCGACCCUUGUGCAGGCCAAGGCCGCUCAUAUGAGUUCUGUUGCGAAUUAUUAUCAGGCGGUAGCGGACGGUGAAAGCGGAUCUCAUGGAGUUGCGAUUGCCCGCUUGAAGCAAGCCGACAAGCAGGCCACGACUGCGCUAGGAUGGGCCAAGUCAUUCCCUUCGUCGGCUCCCACCACCUCGAAUCUGACAGCGGAGUCCGGUCCUGCUCUGGUCGAGCUGAUCAAGCACAACCAGUCGAAUGUGCAAGCCGCGCUCACCACACUGACCAAGGACAACGACUUCAUCUACCACCAACCCGUGCCAAAUGAAGCCAGUCUGGCUGCAGUUGCGAAACUUCCGGCCGCAAAGGCGAUUCCCGUCAGCGAGCUAUAUCAAGGACAAGAUAUCCAGCGGAUCAUCGGGCCAGAUAUCUUCCAGAAGUUGGUGCCCAUGGCCAUCACCGAGACGGCCAGUCUGUACGAUGAAGAAAAGGCCAAGCUGAUUCGGGCCGAAACGGAAAAGGUGGAAACUGCCAACGGUGAAAUGGCCGCUAGUUUGGAUUAUCUCAAGCUACCGGGAAGUCUGAAUAUCUUGAAGGGAGGCAUGGACCAGGAAAUGAGCGUGGACGAAGAGUUCCGCCGCUGGUGUUCCGAGCUUGCCGGCCACACAUCAUUCCACAAGGCAUUUGAUGAGCUGCAGGAGCGCAAGGCAGAUGUGACGACCCAAUUGGACCAGUGCUCUAAGCAGCUAGACUUGGAAGAGAGUGUAUGUGAAAAGAUGCGUUCGAAAUACGGUGCAGAUUGGAGUCAGCAACCCAGCGGCCGACUCAACACCACGCUUCGAGGUGAUGUUCGAACAUACCGAGACACAAUCAACGAGGCCAGCGCCAGUGAUUCUCAAUUGUCGGCUACGUUGCGGCAGUAUGAGGGAGACUUUGAUGAAAUGCGGUCUGCGGGAGAGACUGAUGAGGCAGACGUACUCUUCCAGCGGGCGAUGCUCAAAGCCGGGUCGAAACAUGGGAAAGGCAAGAAUGGGGUUGCCUCUCCGUCAGAGGGCAGUCUGCUGGAUGAUGUGUAUGACGAAGGCGGUGCUUCCGUCGCGGAACAGAUCGCCACGGUCGAGGAGAUUUUGAAGAAACUUAACCUGGUCAAGCGGGAACGAUCUCAAGUGCUCAAGGAUCUGAAGGACAAGGUCCACAACGACGACAUCUCGAAUGUGUUGAUACUCAAUAAGAAAUCCAUCACCGGUCAAGAAACUCAACUCUUUGAGGCUGAGCUUGAGAAAUUCAGGCCACAUCAGACCCGACUCCUUCAGGCAAACCACAAACAGUCAUCACUAAUGAAAGAACUGACCAAGACAUACGGAGACUUGCUUCAAGACAAGCGCGUGCGAGCGGAGCAGUCCAAGUACGAAGGGAUUACGCGGCAACGGAACACCGUGAUGGCCCGAUACAAAAAGGUGUACGAGGCGUUUAAUGGGCUCACGUCUGGCAUUGCCCAGGCCCGGACUUUCUAUAAGGACAUGAGCGAAAACGUGGAGAGUCUGCGGAAGAAUGUCGAGACCUUCAUCAACAACCGUCGGUCCGAAGGUGCCCAGCUUCUGAGUCAGAUCGAGCGCGACAAAGCCACCGGCUUGUCGGAGCAGGAGGACCUUGAGCGAGAGAAGCUCCGACUGCUGAUGGAGCGUCUGUCCACAGAACCAAAGCCGUCAUCGACCUCACCAUCUACAGGGUCUGCGGCUGCCCCAGCGAAGAUCAAGUCCCCGCCGCCACCUGUGCAGACGCCGUCGUAUCCGUCAGCAGGUCCAUCCCCAAAGAUGUCCCCUCGCUAUCCGCCAAACUUGCCUGGCGGCAUGCCCCUUUCACACUCCCCGGCGCCUUAUGGCCAAUACAUGGGAGCUGGUUCAUACGUGCCUCAUCAGCCAUUCCAGCAGGGCGCCGCCGCGCCGCUGUCCGAAGGCUACAAUCCGAUGGCAUACCCGUACCGAACCCCAGUCUCCCCGCCGCCAAACCAGCAAUUCUUCUCUCAACCCCCCACCCCAUACGGAUACUCCGGUGCCAGCCCUCCCCCUGGCGCUCCAGGAGGUGCCGUUCCCCCUUCGCAUUACAUGGCCUCACAGGGCUACAUCCCGCCUCCGCCUCCGCCGCGCCCUCAACAGCCGAGUUAUCCUCCGUCUUCGGGCGGUGCGUACCCUUCCGGUCCCGGUGGUUAUGCCCAGGGCAGACCGUAUCCGCACCAUAAGCCUUCUUCGCAUUCACAGCCACCAUCCGCAUCAAAUGAUCCAUGGGCUGGUUUGAAUGCGUGGAAAUGA